AUGGACCUCUCCAUCAGAGCAUUGUUCUUCAUCCUCUCCUGCUGCCUCUGGAAUGUGGAAGCCCGGAGAUUUAGUUCUGUUCUCACAGUGUCAAAUGGAGGACCAUGGGGUGACUGGGGGUCUGUCCAGUUGUGUCCCUCAGGUUAUGCACAUGGUUUCUCACUGAAGGUAGAGCCAAAGCAAGGUCGUGGAGAUGAUAAAGCCCUGAACGGCAUCCGCCUGCACUGCACUAAAGGUGCCCUAAUUGAGUCUUCAGUUGGACGAUGGGGAACCUGGUCGGGGAUUCACUAUUGCCCAAAAGGAAACCUGGUCUCCUUUUCUCUAAGAGUGGAAGGCAAGCAAGGGGAUGGUGAUGAUACAGCAGCCAACAACAUCCAGUUCACCUGUGAAGAGGGGACUGCACUAAUGGGCAAUGGACUUGGCUGGGGCAGUUUUGGUCCAUGGAGUCGCCGUUGCUCUUCUGGCUCCAUCUGUGGGAUCCAGACAAGAGUAGAGGGUCCUCAAGGCAAUGGUGAUGACACGGCACUUAAUGAUGUGAAGUUAUUCUGCUCCUUUUCUAGACAAAGCCCCGAACGGGCAUUCCGCCACACCCUACGCUGCAGCCAAUUAACCCAGAGAAUAAGCACCCCGGGCAUCCAUUCCUCCAAUAAGGACAAAUCAGAGGAGGCCUGCUGA